AUGAAAAGGAGCCGUUGCAUCGAUCAGGCGUCAACUGUUUGCAAUACGAUUCGCAAACAGCUGCUCAUUCUUGAUAGGCCUGAUUCAUUGCAGUAUGUGAGUCGAGAACAUGCGUUGUACAGUGGCGAUGGCUUACAGAAUAGUGCAAGGGCGAAAUAUCACCGUGAUUUGUACAUACAAUCGAUGGAACAUCACACCGAUUGGCUGGGCCCGGGUGUUGCAGUGAUUUCGGCAUCAAGCGAUACAACAGUGAAAGUUUGGAAUGCACAGAAAGGCUUUUGUAUGUCCACAUUGCGAACACAUCGUGAUUACGUACGUGCCCUGGCAUAUGCGCGUGAUAUUGAGAUGGUGGCAAGUGGUGGCUUUGAUCAGCUUAUCUAUCUAUGGGAUGUCGCUACACUAACAAAACUAACAGCUCUAAAUAACACUGUCACA